AUGGUCUCCUUCAUCCAUUGGCUUCCGUUCUUGUUGAUUCUCGCCGAUGCCCGGAGACCUCACAUUCCGAAAACCUUCAAUGUCAUGUCUUAUGGUGCACGUCCCGAUCGAAUCACCGAUAACAGCAUGGCAUUUCUUCGCGCAUGGAAGGAUGCUUGUGAGCAAGACGGCGGAGGUAGGGUUUGGAUCCCGAGAGGUGAGUACAAGCUUGAUUCCGUCGUGUUCGUCGGACCUUGUAAGGGACCUGUAGAUUUUAUUAUCAGGGGAUUGCUUGAAGCUUCAACUGAUCCAUCUAAGUUUUUCGUUGAUCACUGGAUCGCUUUCAAGUAUGUCGAUCAGUUGGUGGUCCGAGGCGGCGGUUAUUUGCUUGGUAACGGCCGUUCAGCAUGGCGGUUCAAUGACUGCGCCACCAAUUCCCGUUGCAAACCACUUCCCGUCACGAUGCGAUUUGAUUUUGUGUCUAACUCAAAAGUAAACUACAUCCACUCAAUCGACAGCAAAAACGCUCAUUUCAAUCUAUUCGCAUGCCACAACAUGAACAUGAGCCAUAUUCGGAUCCUUGCUCCAGCCACCAGCCCAAACACCGAUGGAAUCCACAUCGGGAGCUCAAGCAAAAUCAAGAUCACAAAGAGUCUCAUAAGCACCGGUGAUGAUUGCAUAUCAAUGAUUGCAGGUAGCAAAGACAUCAUGGUUUCAGAGGUUCAUUGUGGGCCCGGACAUGGGUUUAGCAUCGGUAGCCUAGGUGGGUCCCACAAUGAAGAACACGUAAAUGGUAUAUAUAUACAAAAUUCCACUUUAAGAGGUACUCAAAAUGGAUUAAGAAUCAAAACAUGGGCACCCUCUCCUCCUAGCCUCGCUUCUGAUUUUACUUUUGAAGACAUCAUCAUGGAAAAUGUCAAUAACCCUAUUUUCAUCGACCAACAAUAUUGUCCCCAGCCUCCUUGCAACGGCCAGGCGCAAUCGAAUGUUCAAAUAAGGAAUGUGACAUUUAGAAAAGUGCAUGGUACAUCGAGUUCUAAGAUUGCAGUUAAAAUACAAUGUAGCAAACACGUGCCAUGUGAAGGUGUCAACCUCGUGAAUAUUAACUUGGAAUAUCGUGGGCCAGAGGGUCCUGUGUCUUCAUCUUGCUUGAACGUUAAAGGGAAAUCAUAUGGUCGACAACUUCCAGCGGGGUGUUUAUAG